GCAGUGUUUGGAAAGCGCGAGAAGGUUUUCGGGGCCGCGGUGUUCCCUCUCUCUCUCUCUCUCUGUCAGUCAGUCAGUCAGUCAGUCACCGAGCACCGCCCUCCCUCCCGCAGGUGUCUCUCGGUGUCGGUGAGCUCCGUCAGACCGUCCGUCCGUUGAUGUGGGGCCGAGCUGCGGCGGGGCCCGUGCUGUCGUUGUUGUGCUCGAGCGGGACCAGCCGCGGCCUGUGCGGGCCGCUGAGCCGCACCGUGAGCACUAUGCAGCUCAAGUCGUCGGAGUUCCAGGCGCUCUUUACCGACGGCCUGAAGAGCAUCGCAGAAUUAUUCAGUGAAAACAGCUACGAGCUGAGAAUAGCAGGGGGUGCUGUCCGGGAUCUGCUAACUGGGAAACAGCCAGACGAUGUGGACUUUGCCACCACAGCUACCCCUGAACAUAUGAAGCAACUCUUCCAAGCCGCUGGCAUUCGGAUGAUCAACAACAAAGGAGAGAAGCACGGCACCAUUACUGCAAGGGUGCAUGAUCAGAACUUUGAGAUUACUACAUUGAGGAUUGAUGUUACAACAGAUGGAAGACAUGCUGAAGUUCAGUUCACAACCGAUUGGCAAACAGAUGCUGAACGAAGAGACCUAACAGUAAAUUCUAUGUUCUUAGGUCUUGAUGGUACACUCUACGAUUACUUCAAUGGUUUUGAUGAUCUGAAAAAGAAGAAGAUUCGAUUUGUAGGAGAUGCAACACAGAGGAUACAGGAAGAUUACUUAAGAAUAAUGCGUUAUUUCAGAUUUUAUGGUAAAAUUGCAGAAGAGCCAGGCGAUCACGACUUAAGUACGUUGAAAUCGAUCAAAAAGAAUGCAAAGGGUCUGGCUGGGAUCUCUGGAGAGAGAAUCUGGGUUGAACUGAAAAAGCUUCUUGUUGGAAACCAUGCUGCACACCUCAUCAGCCUUAUGUAUGAACUGGAAAUAGCCCAAUAUAUAGGAUUACCAGUAGAUGGCAGCCUUGAGGAACUGAAACGCGUGUGGAAAAAUGUCCAGCAUCGCUCUCCGAAGCCAAUGACUGUUCUUGCUGCACUCUUUCGAACGCAGGACGAUGUCCUGAGGCUUGACUUGAGGCUGAAGAUUUCUAAAGAGGAAAAGCAGCUGGGUUUAUUUUUAGUCAAGUAUAGGAGAGAUUUGUUGAAGGCUGAUGGUUCUGAUCCAUACGAGAAAGAUUACUGGCUGGCCCAAAUCGAAAUAGCCGUGUUGGGCGCUAUCUUCGCCUUGGCCCUGGUCACCAAUUCCAUUCUCCUCUUGUUGCUUUGGAGAAGACACAAGCAAGUCUCACGGAUGCAUGUCUUUGUCAUUCACCUCUGCCUGGCAGACCUAGUGGUUGCCCUAUUCCAAGUGUUUCCCCAACUCUUCUGGGACAUCACAGACAGGUUUGUGGGACCGGACGCGAUCUGCAGGCUGGUCAAGUACCUGCAGAUUGUCGGCAUGCUGGCUUCGACUUAUAUGAUCGUGGUGAUGACCAUUGACCGCUACCAAGCCAUCUGCAACCCAAUGGUCACUUUCCAGAGAAAACGGGCUCGUUGGAACUUACCCGUGUGCAUCGCCUGGUGCAUCUCUCUGAUUGGCAGCCUCCCUCAGGUCUUUAUCUUCUCCAAAACCGAGAUCUACCCCGGCGUGUUUGAAUGCUGGGCUCACUUUAUUGAACCCUGGGGGCUGAAGGCUUACGUGACGUGGACAUCGAUGGUGGUUUUCGUCGUACCCGCACUGACACUGAUCGUGUGCCAAGUCAGGAUCUGCAGAGCCAUCCAGAUGAACCUGUACAGCAAGACUCACCAACAGAGUGGGGAGAGCAAGAAGGAGCUCAAGACUUGGAGAGCAAGUAGCGUAGCCGGUGUAUCCAAGGCUCGGAUCAAGACAGUGAAGAUGACUUUGGUGAUCGUGCUGGUGUACAUUCUCUGUUGGUCUCCGUUCUUCACUGUGCAGCUCUGGUCUGUGUGGGACCCCAAAGCACCAAGAGAAACCGCGACCUUCACUAUCCUCAUGCUUUUAGCCAGCCUGAACAGUUGUGCCAACCCCUUUAUUUACAUGUUCUUCAGCGGUCAGAUGCCCAAGGACGUCUCAAAGUGCUUCACAGAAUAUACUGUAAAGUGAACCGUAUAAUGUUGUGGGAAAAGGAUGGGUGCUGGGUGACCUUUUCAACAUUGAGUUCCACCUUCCACAUUCUCCAUGCUCCCAGUGAGGAAGCUGGAGAAAGGAGCAGAGGAGAAAGGCCCCCCUUUUGGGAGGCUGAAAUGUGGUGGCCAACAUGGAACCGUGAAUGGGAGAUCAAAUACAUUUGCAAGAUCGAAAAAAGGUUUUAAAACAUAAAUACACUAAACUGCUGAUAACUCGCCCCCAUCUUAACUUGUCACUACCUCUUAAGUCAUCAUGCUUUAAAUAUCCCGGCCGCAUUUAUUUAUGUAUUAUACAUAUGACUAACUUGCCACUCCUGAUAUCUCAUCACUAAGACAGUU